GUCAACACUGCGAGAUCGGCCGCGGUCCAGUUGUGCUUUCGGCGGAUCAAGAUGCUACUCCAGCAGCUGAUGAGUGCGAGGACCAAGAAGAUAGGCGUCCGUACCGUCGAAUGCGCCUCUCUAUUCCUUCAACUUCGGCUCGACCUGUUUUCGUACCGAUCUAAAAUGAAAAUUCUAACCGUCAUCUUGUUCAUAGUGAAAAUACGAUUGAUUGUUUGUGAAGAUUGCUGCAC